GUGAUUGAUCAACUUAAUAGAUACCAACCACUCCAUUCUUCAAUCUUCGUCUAAAGAACGUCGUCGUCUCGUUUCGUUUCAAGUUUCGCCUGCAACUGCAACUGCAACCCAAGUAGAGAUUAGUUUAGAAUUCGAUUAGCAAAAGAGGCCGAGGUGAGGUGAGAAGCAAACCUGAGGAGGUAACACUCUUUGAUCUUCAAUCUGUGCAAUUUCCUUGCUUUUCUAUAAUAAAUUACGGCUUAGGCUUUCCACAUGCUCAUUCGAUACGUAUUGGAUUGGACAGAUUCUGACUCUACCUCGUGUGUAAAUUUAGAUUCGAGGCUGCAAAAAUGGCGAGGAUCAAACCUCAAGCACUCUUACAACAGAGUAAAAAGAAGAAAGCACCAAGUCGAAUCAGCGCUGUUACCAUUGCAAUUUACAGCCUCGUUGUUAUCGUCUUAGGGUUUUUCCUCUUCACAUCCUACAAACACUGGACCAGUAGGUCGAGUAAUCCGUCGGAAGAGUUAUCCAGCGUAGAGCAUACUACUUCGAUUGGUGAUUCUAGGAAAAGUGAGAUCCCCAAAUAUGCUGUUAUAAAGACAUCAAAAGGUUCAAUUACUGUAGAGCUUUUCAAAGAAAGUUCCCCAGAAGAUGUUAAUGAAUUCAUUAAAUCAUGCAAAAAGGGACGAUUCGAGGGGAUGCCCUUUAGCCGUGUAAUAAAGAAUUUUGUCAUUCAAGGAGGUGAUGCAACCAGAAUCGGAAAUGCGGAAGAUUGGACUUCAAGAGGAAAGCAAUACAAUCAACUUGAUGCAAGCCUGAAACACGAAGCUUUCAUGGUGGGCACUUCGAAGAAGACACAAAAUGAUGAUGGGAAGGGUUUUGAUAUUGUGAUCACAACAGCACCAAUCCCAGAUCUAAAUGAGAAAAUUAAUGUAUUCGGGCGUGUUGUCAAGGGAGAGGAUGUUGUUCAGGAAAUUGAAGAGGUGGACACUGACCAGCAUUAUCGACCAAAAACACCAAUCAAGAUCACACAAGUAACCUUGACACACAAGCCUUGAACAGUUAAGAGUGAGUUUGUUAGUUACACAAAGAAUCAUCUCCCACUUACACACACACAUACAAUACACAUCACCAUUUUGUUCUUACUAGGGCCAUUGUCAUGUACUGUACUCUACUGUAUGAUUUACUAAUCAUUAUUCCUUAAUGUAUGGAAGAAAACAGAAAACUUUGAACUUGAGGUCAUGGCCUCAAACUC